AAGUUUAACGAACAGGUCAAUGCGAGUUUAUUCGUUUGUUUAACGAGCUUCGAAGCAGACCUUUGUGCAUAAUUUUCAAAGAUAACCAUGGCUCUUGUUGAAUCUACUAAGGAAAAUGUCUUCUGGCGUAUUGAAAAUAUGAAACUGAAGGAGAAUAUUUCUCCUAAAAAGCCAGCUGAUUCACCACCAAGAGGUUCAUCACCUAAAAAACGCAUGUCAUCCGAAACAUCUCGUGAACAGAUGGUGAAAAAUCAAGUGGAGCAUCCUGAAGUUAAGAAAUUGGAAUUUCAAGAGAAUGGUUUUGAUCCUCAGGUAGAACCUUUACUCAAAGAAAAUCCUAGAAGAUUCGUGCUCUUCCCUAUUCAAUGGCCAGACAUUUGGAAAAUGUACAAGAAAGCCGAAGCUUCUUUUUGGACAGUUGAAGAAGUUGAUUUAUCCAAAGACAUGGACGAUUGGGCCAAAUUGACAAAAGAUGAAAAACAUUUCAUCUCGCAUGUACUGGCAUUUUUUGCUGCUUCUGACGGUAUUGUUAAUGAAAACUUAGUAGAAAGAUUCAGUCAAGAAGUUCAAGUAACUGAAGCUCGAUGUUUCUAUGGCUUUCAAAUUGCAAUGGAAAAUGUUCACUCUGAGAUGUAUUCAUUACUUAUUGAUACAUACAUAAGAGAUCCGAAACAAAGAGAUUAUUUGUUUAACGCUAUUGAGAAUUUACCAUGCGUUGCAAAGAAAGCUAAGUGGGCAUUGAAUUGGAUAUCUCAUAAAUCUGCAACAUUUGCUGAAAGAGUAGUGGCGUUUGCUGCUGUUGAAGGAAUUUUCUUCAGUGGUAGCUUUGCUGCUAUCUUUUGGUUGAAAAAGAGAGGUCUUAUGCCUGGUCUCACUUUCAGUAAUGAAUUGAUCUCCAGAGAUGAAGGAUUACAUUGUGACUUUGCAUGUUUACUAUUCAGUCAUCUAGUUCAAAAGCCAUCAAAAGAACGUGUAAUAAGUAUUAUUAGAGACGCUGUUCAAAUUGAACAAGAAUUUUUAACAGACGCUUUGCCAGUUCAGCUAAUUGGCAUGAAUUGUACAUUGAUGUGCCGAUACAUUGAAUUUGUUGCAGACAGACUUUUAUUUGAACUUGGAUGUCCAAAGAUUUAUCACUCCGAGAAUCCAUUUGAAUUUAUGGAACACAUUUCCUUAGAAGGAAAGACGAAUUUCUUUGAGAAAAAAGUUGGUGAAUAUCAAAAGUUUGGAGUAAUGCAUUCAGUGGAUUCUCAGGCAUUUGAACUUGAUUGUCCUUUUUAAAUAUUUUUUAUAAGUCUGAUCUUAUUAAUGUACAUAACUAAGAAUAAUUUAGCCAAUAGAUGCCGUAAAAACGGCAAAUACAAAUUUUGACAGUUAUAAUAACGAUAUUGUUAAGAUUGAAAAUUCUUAUUUAGUAUUGACAUAUUUUGUAUUAAAAAUUUUAUUAAUAGCAAGAAUGAAUUUUUACACAUAAAACAAUUAAAUUGUUAAUUUACUUCAAUACUAAAGUUAUUAUUAAAACGUUGCAAAUAUUUUUUACGACAAUCCAUAUCAUCCACUGGUCUAUUAUAAGGAAGCCAAACUGGUUCACCAACAAAGUAACGUUUUGCUUUAAUAAAAUUCUGUAAUUAAAUUUUUUAAUAAUUAAUACAAAAGAGUAUUUUUAAACAA